CGGCGCGGCGCCCACUUGCUCCGGACCCUCCGCGCCGAGCGGACCUGAGUGGAGGCAGCGGCGACCGCGGCCCGGGAGGCGGCCCCGGCGGAGGCGGCCCCGCAGCGCGCAGGCGCGGCCGGAUUCCGGGCAGUGACGCGGCGACGGGCGCGCGCGGCGCAUUUCCGCCUCUGGCGAAUGGCUCGUCUGUAGCGCGCGCGCCGCGGGCCCAGCUGCGACCCCGGCCCCGCCCCCGGGACCCCGGGACCCCGGCCAUGGAAGAACUGUUUCCCCUCAUCUUCUCUUCAGAGCCAGCCCAGGCCUCCGGCCCCUAUGUGGAGAUCAUCGAACAGCCCAAGCAGCGCGGGAUGCGCUUCCGCUACAAGUGUGAGGGCCGCUCAGCGGGCAGCAUCCCCGGCGAGAGGAGCACUGACACUACCAAGACUCACCCCACCAUCAAGGUCGGGGCGCGGGGGAGGGGUCUGGGAGGGGGUGCGCCCUCAGCGCACAGCCUUGCUCCCGCCUCCACAGUGCUGAGUGCCCUGUAUUUUGCACAGAUCAAUGGCUACACAGGGCCAGGGACAGUUCGCAUCUCCCUGGUGACCAAGGACCCCCCUCACCGGCCUCACCCCCACGAGCUGGUGGGGAAGGACUGCCGCGAUGGCUUCUAUGAGGCUGAGCUCUGUCCUGACCGCUGCAUCCACAGCUUCCAGAACCUGGGGAUCCAGUGUGUGAAAAAACGCGACCUGGAACAGGCCAUCAACCAGCGCAUCCAGACCAACAACAACCCCUUCCAAGUGCCCAUAGAGGAGCAGCGUGGGGACUACGACCUGAACGCCGUGAGGCUCUGCUUCCAGGUCACAGUACGUGACCCCUCGGGCAGGCCCCUCCGCCUGCCGCCCGUCCUCUCACAUCCCAUCUUUGACAACCGCGCCCCCAACACUGCUGAGCUCAAGAUCUGCCGAGUGAACCGCAACUCUGGGAGCUGCCUGGGUGGGGAUGAGAUCUUCCUGCUGUGCGACAAGGUGCAGAAAGAGGACAUUGAGGUGUACUUCACGGGGCCGGGCUGGGAGGCCCGGGGCUCCUUCUCGCAAGCUGACGUGCACCGGCAGGUGGCCAUCGUGUUCCGGACCCCUCCAUACGCGGACCCCAGCCUGCAGGCACCCGUGCGCGUCUCCAUGCAGUUGCGGCGGCCUUCCGACCGGGAGGUCAGCGAGCCCAUGGAGUUCCAAUACCUUCCCGACACAGAUGACCGUCACCGCAUUGAGGAGAAACGCAAAAGAACAUAUGAGACCUUCAAGAGCAUCAUGAAGAAAAGCCCUUUCAAUGGGCCCACCGACCCACGACCUGCUCCCCGGCGCAUUGCUGUGCCUGCUCGCAGCUCGCCUUCCGUUCCCAAGCCUGCCCCCCAGCCCUAUCCCUUUAUGACACCCCUCAGCACCAUCAACUUUGAGGAAUUCUCCCCCAUGGCAUUUCCUCCGGGGCCGAUCCCGAGCCAGGCCCCAGCCUUGGCACCAGCUCCUGUGUCUGCGCCUGCCCCAGCCAUGGCUUCAGCUCUGCCCCCAGCCUCCACCCCAGCCCCUGCCCCCACCCCCGCCCCCGUCUUGGUCCUGGCCCCCGGCCCUGCGCCAGCAGCAGCCCCGCCUGCCCCCAGGAGCACCCAGGCCGGGGAAGGCACACUGUCCGAGGCCCUGCUGCACCUGCAGUUUGAUGCUGAUGAAGACCUGGGGGCCCUGCUGGGCAACAGCACAGACUCAGGAGGGCUCACAGACCUGGCGUCCGUCGACAACUCGGAGUUCCAGCAGCUGCUGAGCCAGGGCGUGCCCAUGGCCUCGCAUGUGGCCGAGCCCAUGCUCAUGGAGUACCCAGAGGCCAUCACACGCCUGGUGACCGGGUCCCAGAGACCACCCGACCCAGCGCCUGCACCCCUGGGGGCCUCGGGGCUCUCCAAUGGCCUCCUGGCGGGGGACGAAGACUUCUCCUCCAUCGCGGACAUGGACUUCUCGGCUCUUCUGAGUCAGAUCAGCUCCUAAGGGGUGCGGGGGAGUGCCUUCCCCAGGGCACUGGCUUGCCAGGGUUUCAAACCUUCCCAGAGCAUUCAUGGGCCUGGGGGGGUACUCGACUGCCCUGAUGUCUUCCUGGGGAGGGGUACAUUUAUUCUCUUUCUGGCAGUUUCUCUCCUUGGAGGUGCUUAGGCAGAAGCAUUAACUUCUCUAGCCAGAAUGGAGCCUGCUGUCCCCUGACCUGCCAGUCAGCUCCCUUCUGUCUGUAGAGAACUAGGGGGUGGGGGGCCUGGCCCCACCCUGUAGCUUCUAGCACUCUCCUAGGGAGAAGGGCAGGCUGGAGCUAGAGCCUUGCAGGCCACAAAGCCUUAUUGCCACGUGUCUUCCUCACCUCGUGGACUCCUCGAUGCCUUGAUACCAAAUGAUACCCGUGACCAGCGCCUCCGUGGCCAUCCACGUGGCCCUCAUGCUCAUCACCAGCGUCCGAGGAGCCGUCCUGCAGAGCUCGCCGCCAGCGCGCUUGGGGGACAGUGCCAGCCUUCAGGAU